AAACGGCAACAGCUUUUCUCUAAUUUAUAAUUUCGCCACCAAAUAAAUUAGUUUCUUACAAUUAAGUUCCAAAGUUUAGAUAUUGAUCAAAAUAGCCCUCAUUUUGGUGUUUGGGUUUAAUUGUUAAAACUCAAACCUCACAUUGUCGGAUCCGAAAGUGUCUCUCGAGUUUCCGUAGAUCAUGGCCUCAUCGUCUUGCCCAAGCGCCAGAAGCUUCUUUAUCCCAAAGUCGGAAACAAGCUCUCCGAUGACUCGCUGUUGAUCUCUCGGAUCCGACUCAAGCGCUCUCUCAAGAUGACAAUGAUCGGUACGACGGAAGAUGAUAUAAUAGUAGAUCAAGUGACAUCUCAGGACAUUGUUGAUGACUUUGAGCUUGGUAAGGACGAAGUGGGUUGAUGUUAAAGACAAAGAGCUUAACAAGCAGAAGCUGAGGAGAAGAAUUGAUCAGUACAAGUGAUCUAAUGCUGACUCAGUACCUUCUGGCGAUAACAGACCUUGAUGAUUUGAGUUCUUUGGAUCAUAGCAGAGCAGAUAACAUCAAAAGGCGCAGGCAGGCACACAUAACUUUCUUUUAAUCUUAUUGACUUUGUUUAGAUAUGUUGUUACUGCCUACUUUGUAUGUUUUCUACUAAGCAAUAGGAUGAUUGCAGCAAGUUAAGAUAAUGACUAUAUUAAUAUUAUUUAUGUUUAUAUCAAUGUUAAGAAAAUGAUUUUCUUUCUAUUUUAAGAGUACAUGCUACAUACUUUAAGGUUUCUUAUUUUAGGAUUCAAAGAUUUUGAUGUCUAAAAAUAGAAUGAUGGAUAAAGGAAAAGGACAAGGAAGGCCUUAAGAGGGACAAAAGGACAUAAGCGCAAAACAUGGCAACCCUUUGGUUCAUUGUUUGGAAGAAGAAACAUCCUGCGGAUCAACAUCAAACUCUCUCUCUUUCUGUUCCAUUACGGUAAAAGUAAAACAAAGACAACCACUUUGUGUUUGAGGGAGGAUCAAUGGCGAAGAUGAGAGCUGAUGCUCCGGUGAUGCCUCCGGAGACUCUUCCUCGGAGCAGUGAGGUGGGAGAGAUUGACACACGUGCUCCCUUCCAAUCCGUUAGAGACGCCGUUAGUUUAUUCCGUCAAGUUAGCUUCCCAAAGCAGGAGCAGCAGCAACAACAACAACAGCGCCUCUCCUCCUCCACCUCAUCCUCUCAGGAUGCACCGGAUGCGUCGGCCGAAAAGGAGACGCAGCUUCUAUUAGCAGAACAAGAAAUGGAGAGAGUCCAGCUAUGUCUUGAUACCUCUGUCAAAGCGAAAGCAAAAGCACUCUCCGACCUCGACUCUGCUCAGCGGAAGGCAUCUGAUUUGAGGGCUAAACUAGAAGCCACCAAACAAUCCAGAAAAUCCGCCAUCAUGACCAAACACACAAUGACUCAACGGUUAGAGCAGCUCCAAUCCGAAAACCAAGAAACAGAGAGCGUAAGAGAGGAUUACAUCUUAUCCACCGCAGAGCUGUUCAUGGCGAAGCGGGAGCUAAAGGAAAUCAAACAAGAAUUCAGCAUUUCCGUGGAAGAGAGGUUAGCUGAGCUUCAAAAAGCAGAGGAAGCAGAGUGUUCAUCAGUGGUUAACUCCCGAAAGAUCAAAGACAUGACGGAGGAGAUAGCUGAGAUGCAGGACACUGUUCUGAGACUGAACACCGAUGCUGAUAAGAAAAAGGAGGAAGAGGUAAAGAUAAACGAGGAGAGAAUGGCUGCGAGGGAAGCUUACGCGGCAAGGAAGCGAGAUGCUGAGCAGAGGCUGGAGGAUCUGAGGCGAGAUUGUGACCCUGAACUGAGGAAAGAGAUAGAUGAGCUAGCGGAGAUAUCCGCGGGGAUCGAGCGUUUACAGGAGGAGAUCAAACUCGCUCGUGAACUCAACGAGGCCAAGAGCGAGAUGCAAGAGAUUUGCGAUGAAGAGAGAUCGUACAAAAGCUUGGUAGGGUCGCUGACGGUGGAGCUGGACGGAGUGCAGAGAGAGAACAGAGACCUGAAGGAAAACGAAAAGGAGAGACGAGAAGUCGAGGAAGGAGAAUGGGUUGAAGCGAGCCGUAAGGUCGAAGUAAUAAUGCGUGAAGCAGAGGAAACAAGACAAGAAGCUGAAGAGAUGAGGAUGCACGUCGACGAACUCAGGAGAGAAGCAGCAGCCACGCAUAUGUCGAUGGGUGAAGCAGUGAAACAGCUGGAGAUAGUUGGAAAAGCCGUGAAGAAAGCCAAAACGGCUGAGAAGAGAGCUGUGGAAGACAUGAGAGUGCUUACCGAUAAGAAGGAGAGCUUGACGCAUGGUGAGCCUGACAAGAAGAUUAGGAUAUCGCUGAAAGAGUACGAGGAGUUGAGAGGGAGGCAUGAAGAGUCGGAGAGAAUGGUACAGUACAAAGCGAAAACGGUUGCUGCGCAGCUGGAAGAGAUCAACGCGAGCAGAGUGGAAGGGGAGAGAAUGUUGGAGGAGAAGUUGAAAGAGAUGGAAGAGGUGAAUGAUGCGAUUGAUGCUGCUUUGAGAAAUGCAGAGAUCGCAGAGGAAGCACACUGCAUCGUCGAUGCUGAACUUAGAAAGUGGAAACCACAAGAAUUGUAGGAGAUGAUGAUGGUAUUGAUGGUUUAGGUGAUUAGGGUACUUACUAGAAUGUCCAUACCAACAUAUAUAUACAUAUGUUGAUGAUCUACUCAGAGUUGUUGAUAAGUGCAUUUAUACUGAAACAAAGACUUGAAACAUAAUUUUCAAGGCCAUCUCUCUUUUGUUCACGUUUGGAUGUGAAAUUGAACAUAAUAUUGUAAUAGACUAGGAAAUGCAUACAAGAUACAACGACCAUUUGUCUCUC